UUGAAAAACGUCCCAAGAAGCGGUGAUGAUACCUUCGCAGUCAUAGAUCCCCAGAUCUGGGCGAAUCCAGCGAAUAUGACUUGGGCCGACUGGCAAGCUCCACCAAACACCAAUUGGUCAGAUCCCUCUACAACAGGUUCAAUCAGAAAUUUCAAUAUCGCGCUCAUUACUGUUGAUUAUACGGAUAGAGCUUUCGAAAUAACUUUACCGGUCCAGUCGACGAUUUAUGGAAACCCCCAGCCGGUGGCGGGGAUUUCGAAUAUCACGCGGGGUGAUGUGCCUACUUUCUAUCGAGAUUUCCUUAACAAACCAGGCACGCUUAAUAAGGGGCAUACCUUGCAUGAAUACUGGAUGGAAGACUCAGAUGGCCGCUUUGGCGUCGAUCUGACCGUAUUUGGCGCCUACGAAAUGCCACUCAAGUCAUACCAAUACGGAAUUGACGACGACAUGAACAGCGGCGGGUGUCCAACCAACGGCACAUGCAACAUUGACAUUCGCACCGACGCCCUAGGAACAUGGCGCACAGCUGUAGGAAACGCCACAGCCGAUUCCUACGAACUAGUAUUCAUCCUCUCAGCCGGCCAAGACGAGUCCUCGACCUGGCAAGAAUUCGGCGAGAUGAAAUUCCAGACCAGAGAAGACGUCCCUGACAGUUUCGGCCCUCCGGACAACGGGACGAAUUACGCGAAGACGAGAUAUGUAGACUGGACUUCGUGGGCUGCGGCCUCGAAUAUUUGGCCUAAUGCGGGGGGUGGCUCUUCGACUCAAGCGGAGAGUUCGGGUAUGGCUACUUAUGCGCAUGAGUUUAGCCAUCUUUUGAAUAUUGGGGAUAAUUACAAUAACCCGUAUGGCAUUCCACUACGGAGGUCAUAUACGGGACCUUGGUCUAUGAUGUCAAGAGGGUCUUUCAAUGGUCCUGGGGGCCCUCAUACGCGCUGGCAAAUCCCGCCUCAGCAAGGCGGUUCUUUGGGGUCUUUGCACACUGUGCGAGAUAAAGCACAACUCGGAUUAGUGGGUGAAGAGAGUAUACUUAAUGUAUCCCGAGAGGCAUUAGCAGAUUCCGGGAUCGUCGUGGCUCAAAUACAAGCCCGCUCCGUCUCGCCCGGUACAAAUCUAAUGGGCAUCCGCGUAACCAUGGAUGUAGACAAUGAGCCUUUUUGCGAUAUAGACACAGAAGUCCUCUGCGAUGGCGGAGGCUACAACGCCUACUUCAUCGAAGUUGUCGAUCGAAUGGGCGCUGACUCCUUCACGCCAGACUCAGGCGUCAUGAUCAGCAAAACGAAGGUCGAAUCCGAUGAAGGGCCUUUCCAAUGGACCAUCGAUGCCAACCCGCAGGAUAUCCAACUUCUCGACUUUUACAGACCGAAUGGAACAGCGUCGUAUAUCACCAUGGGUGAUUAUCGACAACUGCUCGACGCUUUGUUCCAUGCUGGGACACGUUCUGGGAGCCAGUACGAGUACGUGGACGAGGCUAACAGCCUGCAUUUCUACAUCAUUGAUGUAGAGCGAGAUAGCACCGGUGUACUUUCAUACACAGCCGGUGUUCGUUCGACCAACAGUAGUACCGAUACAUCCACUCUUGCUGUCACCCUCUCCGACGGCAAAAUAGUAGCAGACGGCAAUACACCGACGGAAAAAGGAGUGACUUGCUCGUUCCAACUAAAGAACACGGGGGAAAGUUCGAAAGAUGGGUCGGCGUAUUUGGACUCGGAUGUGUACCGGCUUAAUGCUACAGUGAAGGGAACCGGUUGGAAGAUGGAGCUGCCGAAUGCAUUGGCGACGGCUGAGCUUGGAGAGAAGGUAGCGGUGAAGGUUGCGGUUGCUGCGGAUGCGGAUGCUGCUGAUGAUGGGACGGUCACGUUGACUGCUACAUCGGAGUCUGAUUCAACUGUCUCUGCUACGGGGAGUUGCGUGGUUCAUAAGAAUCUGGAGGAGUAG